AUGGAGAUCGAAGUGGACGAGGACGACGGUCCUCCGCCGGUGUCCCCGCCUCCCGUGGUGCCGCCGUCGCCCGCGCGGCGCGAGGACCGCACCGGGGAGCGGCGGCCCUCGAACUCGGUGGACGGCAGCGUUGCGUUGGGCACCCGCGGGAAACCACAGAAGGUGGUGGAGAAACCCAGCGCGGAAACCACGCGACUGUGGUAUUUGCUCCAGGAGAAGAAGACCAAAGCUUUUGGUGAUUGGUUGUCGCACUGGGAGGGGCAACGGGAGGUGAACAUCAAGGACAAAGCCUUCGGAUGGACCCCCAUCCACUUCGCAGCACACAAGGGCGCCUCGCAUUUCGUGAAGUUGCUGGCU